CCGGGAGAUGACGCAGGGGGUCGCGGGGAGGUGACGUGCGCGGUGCGCGGGGACCGGAGGGGAAGAUGGCGGAGUAUCUGGCGUCCAUCUUCGGUACCGAGAAGGACAAGGUUAACUGCUCAUUUUACUUUAAGAUCGGGGCGUGUCGCCAUGGAGACCGAUGCUCACGACUUCACAACAAGCCCACCUUCAGCCAGACGAUUGCUCUGCUCAACAUUUACCGGAAUCCGCAGAACUCUUCGCAAUCGGCAGAUGGACUGCGCUGUGCUGUGAGCGAUGUGGAGAUGCAGGAACAUUACGAUGAGUUCUUUGAGGAAGUCUUCACAGAGAUGGAAGAGAAGUACGGGGAGGUGGAGGAGAUGAAUGUGUGUGAUAAUUUGGGAGACCACCUAGUGGGGAAUGUCUAUGUCAAGUUCCGCCGGGAGGAAGAUGCGGAGAAGGCUGUGAAGGAUCUAAAUAAUCGCUGGUUUAAUGGUCAGCCUAUUCAUGCAGAACUCUCUCCGGUUACUGAUUUUCGGGAGGCCUGCUGUCGCCAAUAUGAGAUGGGGGAAUGCACACGUGGUGGCUUCUGUAACUUUAUGCACCUGAAACCCAUUUCCCGGGAGCUGCGGCGAGAACUGUACGGCCGGCGCAGGAAGAAGGACAGACCGCAGGGCAGAGUAGAAAUAAACAAACAUCGUUCUCGCUCCAGAUCUCGUGAACGCCGCUCUCGUUCCAGAGACCGUGGGCGAGGAGGAGGAGGAGGCGGCGUUGGUGGUGGAGGAGGUGGAGGCCGCGAUAGAGAUCGACGGAGGUCUAGGGACCGUGAGAGAUCGGGUCGUUUCUGAGCUGCUGUUUUUAUUCCGUGUUUGGGAAGGUUCCAGUUGGUCGGGGUGGGGGCUCUGCGCUCAGCAGCUGUGGGUUAGGGGAUUUUUUUCAUUGCAUUUCAUUUGUUUUUGUUUUUUUAAGCUGGGCUUCUGAUUAAACAUUUGUAGUGAUCCAGUAAUACUGAA